CUAAAUACAACAUCAUUCAAAGCUCCACUCUGCCUUACUUCUCUUGUCUCCCCCAACGACUCUACCGUGACCCACUCUAAAUUCCCAUCUUCCUAUAUUAUAUCCUCCACACUCUCCACCUAUACACACGCCUCCCUUAAUAUAUAUACGCUCCUACACCUAGCUUACUCUUCAGUAGCAUCACUCUCCUUUGCCCACUCUUACACAAUGGCACAAAGAGUGAGCUUCUUGUUUUUCUUACUUGUAGCCAUCUCAUUCACUUCAGUUCUUUCUCGCAACUUGCCUCUGCGCGACACAACUACACUUCUCGACGUCUCGGCUUCCAUACACAAAACGCUGUCGUUUAACUCCCAGUUAACAUCCACAUUGGCUCAAAUCCGAGAAAGUAGCUAUCAGCCUUCAGCGCCUCUCACACUUGAACUACAUCCUCGCUCGUCUAUACACAAACCUACUCACAGUGACUACAAGGAGCUCACGUUAGCUCGACUCGGUCGUGACUCGUUACGAGUCAACUCGCUACAGGCCAGGUUAGAUCUGGCGAUUCACGGCGUUUCGAAAUCAGAUCUCAAGCCUGUUUACACUGAGUUAGCAGCUGAAGACCUGGAAGUGCCGAUAAUUUCAGGAACGAGUCAAGGAAGCGGCGAGUACUUCACUCGACUCGGAGUCGGUCAUCCACCGAGUCAACUCUACAUGGUACUCGACACAGGCAGUGACGUCAACUGGCUACAAUGCGCACCCUGUGCUGACUGUUAUCAACAAACGGAUCCGAUCUUCGAACCGUCUCUAUCAUCUUCUUACGCGCCUCUCACUUGUAACACUAAGCAAUGCAAGUCCUUAGACGUCUUCCAAUGCCGUAACGACACGUGUCUCUACGAGGUGUCGUACGGCGACGGCUCGUACACCGUCGGUGAUUUCGUCACCGAGACUGUAACUUUCGGCGGCUCGGCUUCGGUUAACAAUGUAGCUAUUGGAUGUGGACAUAGUAAUGAAGGCUUGUUCGUUGGAGCCGCUGGCUUGAUUGGACUCGGCGGCGGCUCGCUUUCCUUUCCUUCGCAAAUUAAUGCGAAGUCGUUUUCGUACUGUCUCGUGGAUCGUGAUUCUGACUCGGCUUCAACGCUCGAGUUUGACUCGGUGAUUCCGCCUAACGCCGUUACGGCUCCGUUAGUACGGAACGAUAAACUCAACACCUAUUACUAUAUCGGACUGACAGGACUCAGUGUCGCCGGUGAGAUGCUUAAAAUAUCGGAAUCUACUUUUCAACUUGACAAUAACGGUGAAGGCGGCGUCAUUAUUGAUUCGGGCACGGCCGUGACUCGGUUGCAAAACGGAGCAUAUUACUCGCUCCGUGACGCGUUUAAGAAAGGCACAAAAGACCUGCCGUCAACUAACGGCGUUGCGUUGUUCGAUACCUGUUAUGAUUUGUCGACGAAGAAGAGUGUGGAGGUCCCAACGGUGUCGUUUCACUUUUCCAACGGUAAACAAUGGUCUUUACCGGCUAAGAAUUACCUGAUACCGGUUGACUCAGCCGGGACUUUUUGCUUGGCUUUUGCCCCGACUCCGUCGGCUUUGUCUAUUGUUGGGAAUGUACAGCAGCAGGGGACACGUGUCAGUUAUGAUCUGGGAAAUUCGCUCAUUGGAUUCACUGAAAACAAAUGCUGAUUUACAAUUCUAACCCCGGACAGGACAAAUUUACUUUUUUGCAGUUGCAGUUUUUACCUUGUAGUGUGUGUUUGGAAUUUGGACGGGAGUGGUUUUGUAUAGGGUAAGGUUUGGAGGGUAUUUAUGCAAACAAGAUAAUAUCAGUAGUAGUAUUUAUUUAAAAUUUAAA